AUGAGGCGACAGGAAGAAGAAACAACAAUCAAUAUCAAAGAAGAUAACGCAUCCACCAGCUGCUGGGCGAAAGACAUCACAAAAGACUACAAAGAAUAUGCUGCUUCAGGGUCUCUUUCUGUUGCUGGUGGUGGCAGGUCUCUUAAGUGCAUCUUCAAAUGGCCGCUUGAUGUUAAGAAACUUCUGGGGGAUGACAUCUGCCGUGAACCUCAAAUUGUAGCCAUUGGGCCUUACCACCACGGCCGACCGCACCUGCAGCCUACGGAGCGGCACAAGAAGAACGCGCUCUUCAGGAUUCUCCGGUUGUCCGGCGGACUUCCGGUGUCCAUCUUUGUGGAACCCCUGAAACAAGUGGAGCAGGAGCUCCGUGAGCACUACGACGAGCUGGACCCAAGCUGGUCGUCCGAUUCUUUCAUACAGAUGUUGCUUCUCGACGGCUGUUUCUUGCUCGACCUUCUUCUUGCCUUGGACAAACGCCUGGACGCGCCCUUGGCGGAGUCCAUCCGCCUGCAGCUGCUCAACACCUGUGGCUAUAACGUACUCAUUCGGGACAUACAUCUGUUAGAGAAUCAAAUUCCAGGCCUCGUCUUGGACGUGCUAAUUAAUGUAGGAGACUGGACAGGAUUCAGUAAGCCAGAGAGUGGAAGUAAACCAUCCUUCAGGACUCUACAUUUUCUAGACUUGCAGAGGAAAAACUUGCUGGGUAAUCCCCCUGCUCCUGUCAAGGAACAGCGUCGUUGUCGCCUCCUCAAUCUUCUAGGUACUCAAAUGGCUUGA